AUGAGGGUUCUCACACGUUCUCAGAAGACCGAUAAUAUGCCCAUGAUGGCAUCCAGCACAAAACCGCCGACGACUCCCCCAAAGAAAGAACCUCCAAAGUUGUUUCUAUCGCCGCAAAAGAGAAAUACGCCACCAGUAUUUUCCAACACUCCUUCUUCUCGAAAUUCUCAGGCGUUUCAACAUCGAGCUACUACGCUUUCGAAGUUCUAUAACGACUUCUUCGUUUAUUUAGAAUCUAUCAACCUUCUUCAAUCACAUAACCAAACUCUUCCAGAAUCCGAGGCUUCGAGAUUUGCUCAGAGUAUCUUGAAGGCAGACAAACUUUCUAAUAGCUUUUGGUUCCUCCUUCGAGAUAUUAUCAAUCAUAUCCGUUCAUUAUACCUUAAUGGUCAGGACCCACAGGCUACGUUGGUUCUCGGGUAUUCUGAUAUCAAGAUUGUUGUGGAAUGUCCUUAUUGCGAGGAACUUCAUGAACAUAGACGGGUUCCGGAUGCGGGUAUCGGUGUGCCUGUGAUAUACCCUGCGGGUUGUGGGGCUUUUGGGAGGUACAGGGUUGUGUUUCCGGGAGAUAUUGAUGUAUUGACUGGUACAUUGGGGAAAGAAGCGGUGGGUCUCCAGGUACACAAGAGUGGGGCCUACUGGAUGACGGUCAGAGAUGAGGUCCCAGAUCUUGAAAGAUUUUUUGUGGUGAAAUACCGGCCUAAGAAGUCUCUUCCGUCGGUCACCAAAGCUGUUGUCGUUCAAGAGGAAGUUAAGAUUGAAGUAAGCUUGGAGGUCAAAGAAGAAACAUCUGAAGACGGAGAAACAAAGACGAAAGAACAAAUGUUAUUCGAAGCCUUUCAACGACUGGAUAUCGCCGAAGACAAAAGUUACGACCCGGUUCCUAUCCCCCCGACAAAACACUAUUCAGCGAUCGACAAACUGCAAGAUGUUGCUAAAUCUUGCGCCGAAAAGCUGAAUAAGCUCGAUCAGAUUGUUGGUUACUAUUCUAAGCUUGGAUAUACUGUUUCAGCUGAGAGGUGGAAAGAAUCAGCUGUUGUGAGGGAGACCAGGAACAAAGUAGAACGAGAAGCGGACUGGCAAAUGUGUACUGUAAACGAAGGCGAAGAAACACGUCUGCUUGGUCUUGUUGAGUCGGAUGGAUAUCGAACAGUUUGCAGUUGUAUUAGAGGGCCUAACUACCCAGACAUUUCUGUUGUUAGCGGUCUGGUAGAAGCCGAAAGACUGGAUUCACACCUCCCGCUCAACAACAAACAACUACUGUUCCUCGUUCGAGGGCUAGCGAAAGAGAUUGGGCAUGAGUUUCCGAAGGAAAUACCCAAGAGCGCCUCUGUAGUCUGGAAACGAGAAUUGGAACGCAAGAACAUCACAGCUACGUCAGCGGAACAUUGGCACGCUUGCCAUUCGGAGAAAAAGAUGCUAGUGAGAUUUUUGAUAAUGCAUACAACAUGGGUCCCUGAGGAGUUUACUCAUAAUAUCUUCAAGUACCGCAGUAUUCUCGGAAAGGAAGCGGGGGUUAGAAGUGCAUUUUGCCUAGCUCGAAGCACGAAGUUCUGGGUUAGCUGGGAUACUUGUGACGAUUGUAGGAGGUUUAUCGAAGGCGUGGAGAAGAAGUUCGGGGUAUAUUUGAGCUUUCAGAGGAUGGGUGACUAUAUUGCACCAAAGAAGCCAGCCUUGGACGAAGGGGGUGAAGGAGGGAAGAAACUCGGAGUAGAUGAAGGAUCGACGCAGAAGGAGCCUGAAGCUGCGAGUGUCAAGGAAGCGGCGGCUCCCGUAUACGUAGCGAAAAACCAAAAGGACGAAGUAUAA